AUGGCAGCGCCAAUCGAUCAAUGGAGAAAACUCCUCCGUGAAUGUCUAGCCCGCCGCAUUGACGUGGUAGAUUUCUGUAACCUGGUCAACCUUCUGGCCAAACGCGCUCCGCUGUCGGAAGCCUCUCUGGUCGAUGUGAUUCUCGAGUCGCGCACUGUUACCAAAGGGCAAUAUGACCCGCUCAUACCGCUGUAUAUCGAUGCUCUCACCAAGAUUGGGAAGACCAAAAUUGCGCCAGUGCUGAAUGGCCUCCGACGGCAUUCUUCAGUUGGCGAUUACGCCCAGUCUGCAGACGAGAGCAAGAAAGGGACCGCCAAGUUGUCGUCUACUCUCAUGACCGACACCCGGAUUGUCCAGGAUGCCAUAGUCCCAAUAACUACCCCGGAACUGUCUCUAAGCAGUCGGGAAGUUACCGGCAUAUUUACAGAGGCAUCGGAAUGGAUCUUGGCCUUGGUUCGCGCGCAUACCAGCAGCCUCGCCGAAGACCAGCAGUCUGGAGGCUUGCUGAACCUGCCGGAUGCGCUGGCUUUGUUUGAAUCUCUGGGGAUCAUGCUGAUUGCACUGUCGGCAACCGAAAGAGGGGUUGACGCUCUGUCUUCUGAUCUCUCACAAGGCUUCAAAAUCCCACUAGGUCAUGCCCUCACUGCAUACCUAUCUUCCUCCGCUACCAUAUCGAUGAAUUUGCGGACACGCCUGGACAACCUGCAAAAGGUGUACCAACUAUACGGAGAGCCUGCUCCGAAAGAUCUCGACGUCCAGAUGAUGGACGGCAUGAACAUGGACGCUCUUCAAUUCGAGGCAUCUGUGAUUGACGGUCCUAUAAUUAACUCUAGAGCUGGUCUCUAUGUGUAUAUCAAUGCUAUGCUCGUCGGUCGUCCGCUUGUUGACGACAAUAUGCUUUUGAAUUACUUAUCAAAUCGCUACGGGGGUCAUUAUGAAAUGCUCGUCCAAGAACUCAUUACUGCAACAUUUGAUGUGCUAUCUAAUGGCAUGUAUCGCAAUGAAUCUGGUCGAAAUAUGUUUGUUUUUCGUUCUUUUCUUGUCAACAAGCUGCCACCACUCCUGGCUAGUAUGGCAGCAACCUCAAUGGACCCAAUUCCCAUGGAAAUGUGUAUCGGCCAUGCCUUGAACCGAGUCGAUCCCAAUGCGUUUCCCUCUUUCUCCCAGAUGUUUGAGAUGCAAGGCAACACGGUGCUGUCAGAUGUCCGACAGGAAUUUAUUUUUUCGUGUGCUUUGCACAGACUCAUCCCCGAGUCUAGCAUUGAGCGUUUGCUGGGUGAAAACCCGAUGCAGACGCUGCCCGUCGGUGGAAGAUAUGUCAAAGACGAUAUUGCAACCCAGAUCCACUCCAACCAAGAGCGAGCUGAUCAACUAAUAUCCGAAAUCGAGUCCUUAGAGGGAAAUGCGGGCGCCAUUGUUGCUGCAGUCACAGAUGUCAUACACACACUCUGUCACCAGAGAGAAACAGUCACAUUGAAGGGCAUCUGUAACUCGAUAUCUCGUCGGCCUCAGGUCCUCGACGUGAUGCUUUUGUUUCGCAGUCUCAAGGCUAUUCUGCAGCCCGUUUGCUCACUCAUAGACACGUGGAAGUGGGAUGAAGAUCAAGGCGAGAACCAACCCGUGUAUGACGAAUUUAGUAGCAUAUUGCACCUGAUUCUCGCCUUCAAAUAUCGGUAUGAUCUUAACCAAUACGACUUGGGGAUCUCGAAUGCCCAGUCUUUUGUGUUGAAGCUUCUCGAUCAAGGAUCAACUAGUCUGAAACUAGAUGAUCUAUCAGAAAAACAGCACAAAAACCUUGGCGCAUGGAUUUCUGCACUCUUCAUAGCUGAAGGCAUUAGUGAAGAUACAAUGUCUUCAUGUAGCCCACAGGAAUUUUAUAUGCUCGUCGCUACCUUGUUCAGCCAGACACUGGGCGCUUGUGAGGUUGGAAAGUUGGAAUUGGACACUCUAAAAGGAGGCUUUGAAUACCUCCUUGAACCGUUUCUCCUUCCUUCUCUUGUAUUUGCGCUUUCAUGGCUGGGCGGCUACAUUUGGGAAUCAGAAAACAAUCCGUCGAUUCCGUUAAAGGUGCUCUAUGCCCUGAUCAAGCCCAACUCGAUUUCCGGCGAAGCCGAGGCAGUGCAUCGCACCGUGCUCAACAUCACCGCGCGGGCGUUGGAAGAACAACUCAAAGACGUGCGGGCUCGACACCCCGGACGGACAGAUAUCAAACCAAUUCUGGACGCACUCGAGCCGUAUCUGUCCUUCCAGCGCAACGGCAGCAGCCGUCGCUCCGAGCUGGACAGCUGGACGUCGCACUCUGGCGGACUGAGUGGCUGCAUACGAAGCACAUUCCAUGGCCUGGUGCUGUGGAGUGCCAGCGCCGACGUGAGCAUGUCUCCUCACUCGUACACGCACCGACAAGUGCUCGCCGGCAUCCGACUCUUGACAGCCUCUCGCGUGCUCCCGGUCUUGAUCGACGAGCUCAAGUCCCAGGCAGAAUCCGGCACGCUCGAUCUAGCCCUCGACGUUGCGGCGACGCUGAUAUGCGCGCCGAUGCCGGAAUCCUUUGCCCUGGAGCAGGCAAUGUACCAUCCAAUAGACGCGAAUAAAGAGAGCCUCCCGCGCUGCGCCAUUUUGACUCUGCGCGAUGCACUCCUGUUGCAGCACGAAACCGUUCCCAAACUCUCCGAAAAGGAUCCUCUACGCGCAGAGAUCAUUGUACGCCUGACGCGCCGCGUAAACUCGCUCCUUGCGCUGCCCGCCCACGUUGCCAACCUCGACGUAAGUAAUAUCAUGCAAGACAUCAACCUCGACGCCGCAGCGCACGAGCCGAUGAACCUAGGGGACGGAGGCAACGGAGACGGCACAGGCGGCGGCGGUGGAAGCAACGGUCUCGGUGGUGCUGCAUCCAACGAAAAUAUCGAGCAGAUCUUGAACGACGCGGUUGCGAACAACGGGACUGGUUUGGGGCUUGGGCUGGAUGAUGGGACGGGCAUGGAUACGAGUUUGGAGGAUAUGUUUGAUGUGGCGAAUAUGGGCAACCCGGAGCUCUUGACGGAUUUGGAUAUGGAGGGGAUGUUUUAA